UAUGAUUCAGCUGCAUUUAAGAAACACAAGCUGGUGGAGCCCUCCAAGAACCUCCAGGAGAACAUCUGCCAUACUGAUCGAAAGUGUCUCUGUUAUCCUGGUCCCAGUGAAGAACAUAAACCUCACGACACAGUGUCAGCUGCAGCAGAAAGGACUGAGAGGCAGAGAGAGCUGGAGGUGAGACGAGAAAACAUCCAGCAGAGAAUCCAGGACAGAGAGAAAGAUGUGAAGCUGCUUCAACAGGAGCUGGAGGCCAUCAAGCACUCUGCUGAUAAAACAGUGGAGGACAGUGAGAAGAUCUUCACUCAGCUGAUCCGUCUCAUCCAGAAAAGAAGCUCUGAUGUGAAGCAGCAGAUCAGAUCCCAGCAGGAAACUGAAGGGAGUCGAGUCAAAGAGCUUCAGGAGAAGCUGGAGCAGGAGAUCACUGAGCUGAAGAGGAAAGACGCUGAGCUGAAGCAGCUCUCAGACACAGAGGAUCACAACCAGUUUCUCCACAACUACCCCUCACUGUCAGCACUCAGUGAGUCUACACACUCAUCCAGCAUCAAGAUCCGUCCUCUGAGCUACUUUGAGGAUGUGACAGCAGCUGUGUCAGAGCUCAGAGAUCAACUACAGGACAUCCUGAGAGACGCAUGGACAAACAUCUCACUGAGACUCACUGAGGUGGAUGUUUUACUGUCAGAACCAGAACCAAAGAGCAGAGCUGGAUUCUUGAGAUAUUCAUGUGAAAUCACACUGGAUCCAAACACAGCACACGGUCGUCUGUUACUAUCAGAGGGGAACAGGAAGGUGACUGCUUUGGAUCAACCUCAGUCUUAUUCUAGUCAUCCAGACAGAUUCACUGCAUGGUGGCAGGCUCUGAGUAGAGAGAGUCUGACUGGACGUUGUUACUGGGAGGUGGAGUGGAGAGGGAGAGGAGUUUAUAUAGCUGUUGCAUGCAAGAAUAUCAGCAGAGCAGGCUAUGAAUGUGGAUUUGGUCGUAAUGACAAAUCCUGGGCAUUAGAUUGUCACCAAAAAUGUUACACGUUUUGGUAUAACAACACUGCAACCUCCAUCUCAGUUCCUCAGUCCUCCAGAGUAGGAGUGUACCUGGAUCACAGAGCAGGUAUUCUGUCCUUCUACAGCGUCUCUGAAACCAUGACUCUCCUCCACAGAGUCCAGACCACCUUCACUCAGCCGCUACAUGCUGGGGUUUGGCUUUAUAUCUAUGGAAACUCUGCAGAGUUCUGUAAACUUGAAUAGAUAAUUGUUUUUUGCAGUCGCUGAAUGUAUUUACCGUUAUAAUGCAUUUUUGUGUAUUAUUGUGAUAAACCUACAAAUCUAAACCAAGGUUUUUCUCCUACUCUGUUGUUUGAGGUUAAAAACUGUUCAAUUUUCCCAAUGAGUUAUUAUUUAACUGCUGUAACUGAAAUAUAAAUAGAUAAAAUAAUACAUAUAAUAAUCAAUAUAGCAUUCAUAUUCUAAUGGUUGCCUUGUUAUUUUUUAAACCCAUGUCUAAUUUAUUGUAAGAAGUUAUGAUAAGCAUUGACAGCAAGUUUUAAGGUUAUUUGGAAAAUAAAGUCCUGGUCCCAAGAAAGAGGAGUCAUGAUGUCAUAUGUCCUGCAAAUGUCCUUGAACGCCACUGUAUAAAUUCUAUAUUGCUCAUUGAUAUAUUAAAGAAUUAUUUUUGUUCUUUGACAAUGUGUGAGUUCACAUAAACUAAGAGCAACAUAUACUGUAUGCUCAUGCUCUGUUAUUAUGUUUCUCACAUAAAACUGAGAACCACAUGUGUGAUUUUGUUAUAACUUAUUUUAACUUGUGGUGGGAACUUAUGACAAUGUGUUGUGGGAAAGACUGAU